AUGACUGAAAACUCUCAAGACUACGUUUGCGAAUUGUUGCUGGACGACAUUUUCGAAGCUGUGAUAGUAGGAGGUGGAACAUGUGGUUUGGCAACAGCUGCACGAUUAUGUGAAGACACACCUGGCUCAAUUUUCACUGACGAUGAACAUCAAAGAUUUCAUUGGCUUCGCACGAGAGGUUCCAAAGUUGGAUUUGUUUCUAAACGCGACGCAAGUGUUUCGAGCUACAAACUGAGCUCAACUCUAAGACCAAGCGAGAUCCUAGUGUUGGAUGCAACAUCUGACAACUUCAUGGGUCAAUGGCACAAUCAAUUUUCUUCCUGUCAAAUUCCUGUUUUGAGAUCACCCAUGUUCUUUCACCCAGAUCCUGCUAAUAUUGACGGUAUGAUCACCUUCGCGUACGAAAGAAAGCGAGAGAGAGACCUAAUGGAAAUAAAAAAUGUUGUCGGCAGGGAAUACUCAAAACAUCAGCAUAAAAGGCAGAUCAAGAAAAAUGCGAUGAAGAUGUCUACUCCACUCAGAGGUGAGGCCCUCAAUCAUGAUCGUCCUGGAAUCAUCGAUAUCAAUAUGAGAGACUACCGCGAUUUUUACAGACCUUCUUCUAAAUUAUUCGAAGAUUUCUGUGUCGAAAUUACCGAUAGGUAUGGACUUGCUUCAAGCGUUCGUAAAGAUGAAGUAACAUCCAUAAGAUACGGUGAUAUCCACUGCAUGGAUACCGACAAAUUCUACAAAGGGUUCAUCAUACAAACUGCGAGCGGUAGAAUUUAUGGCGGCAAAACGUGUAUUGUUACGAGCGGCCACCGGGGAAGCAUCAACUAUCCGAUCAAGGGACUACUAGAAGCAAAUGCAACCUUGGAACAAGCUUGUCAUACUACGCACAUCUUUAACCGGGCUGCACCUUAUCCUCCUCUUUGUAUCCAGAGAAAACUCGAGUCAAAACAAGUUUCCUCAUUGGUGAUAGUUGGUGGAGGUCUCACCUCUGCUCAACUUGCUCAUGUGGCCUGUAGCCUAGGUGUCAAUGUGACGCUUAUUAUGAGGGGUCCUGUAAAAAUAAAGCAUUUUGACUUUCAUCUAGAUUGGGUUACGAAAUACAAAAAUGUCAAAAAAUCCUCGUUCUACAUAUUGGACACGGAUGAGGAACGAGCACAACUUAUAAAAGAAGCCAGGGGAGGUGGCCUGAUCAAUCCAGAAUAUCACAAGAUUCUCAAAAAUCACAUUGCAAGUGGUAAACUUCAACUCAGAUGUUUCAGCCUGAUCGAACAUGGUUCGUUUGAAGAUGGAAAAUGGACCCUCGAAGUUAAAUCAAUCGAGUCAGGAAAAAAUGAAAGUACAACAACUCUCUCCUGCGACUAUGUCUGCUGUGCUACGGGAAUUCUGGCAGAUUUAGAGGGGCUCGGGUUCAUGAAGCCGAUACUCGAUGAACAUCCCAUUGAUAUCGUUCAAGGCCUCCCUUGCUUGACAGAUCAUUUGCAAUGGAAUGACACUAUACCCUUGUUUAUGGUAGGUAAGAACGCAUCUUUGCGAAUUGGUCCAACUUCGGCAAACCUUGAUGGUGCAAGGCUAGGAGCCGAACGUGUUGGUUGGAAAAUCCAAAACGAUAGGGCAGAUCAAAACCAUGACAUUAUCAAAGAUUCAAGGCUCGAAAUAGCACGGGGCAGCUUAAACAGAUACUCUUUGCUACAGGAAGUAAUGUGUUAA